GGAGUAAAAAUAACCCUUGGCUCACCCCACUUUCUAAGCAAAGCAUAUGAGCCCCAAAAACUAUCUAUAUAACAGACCAAUUCUGGGUACAUGUUUUGAGCUGUUUGAAAGAGAUAGCGAGGCAAGGAGUUGAUUUUCUAUUUUCUUCUGCAAAAGACCUGAGGAUGUCCCACUUGGAAGUGGUAGUUUGCCUCGACGAUCGCUGUCACUUUCUAUGCGGACUCUUAUCUGCUGUUUCUUUACGGAAGCUUGAUUUACCGGACAUCCCGAGGUGGUAUUGGCCAAGUCCUGGCCGCCUUCUGAAUUGGCUCAGGUAGUAAUGCAGACAUCCUCUCAUUUAAGAAUGGUUUAUUCUCAGAAGUUACAAGAACAGAUGUAAGAAUUCUUGAUCGACGACGGAUAUCAAUCCAGGAGACAUGAUUAUUUUGCACUAUCACCGGUACAAUCAUGACAUAUUUCUUCUUCACAUUCUCUUAAUUUCACAUUCGCUCACACUCACUCAUUAUCCACUCUUUUCGCGAAUCUAUCAGUUCAGUCUAAUUUUUUUAAUAACGUCAAAAUUCAUUCAAUAUGAAGUCCUGUCUUUUCCUCAUCUCUACUCUCAUUCCUCUCUCCCUCGCAGCAGCAUUAUUACCACGCGAUGAUUUUUCCGAGUACCAAGAUACACCACAGGACGCGAAUGACACACUAGCAACAGCGGAUGAAUUCAUCCAAAACGGCUGUAAAGAAGUUCUCUUUUUCUUCGCUCGAGGCUCCAUGGCGCCGGGAAAUAUGGUACGUUCUUCCUCACCUAUAGCCUGACCUCAAAUAUACUCAUAUAUACCAAGGGUCCUCCAGAGUCUGUCGGUCCGCAAACAGCCAACGGAUUAAAACUCGCAUUCGGAAACGACUCAGUUGGUGUUCAAGGGGUGCCAUACGACGCUUGGAUUUUAUCAAAUCUUUGGAUCGGAGGCGCCAGUUACUCGGGGCGAAAAAACAUGAAAAAGCUGAUUGAAAAUGCGGUGCGGGAGUGUCCAAAAUCCAUCAUUGUUGCUGGAGGUUAUAGGUAUGUGCCAUUUUCCAUAUUAAUUUCAAGCCUGCCAGCCCACUACGUUAUUGAAAAGGGCUUCUUGGAUGUUAAUUACUAAUGCCGUUUCCAGUCAAGGGGCAGCGGUCACUCACCACGCUAUCGAGAACCUAUCCAAAGAAGCGAAACAUAAGGUAGCUGGAGUUGUUACAUACGGAGAUACUCGUAGAGACGACGAUAAUGGUCGUAUCCCUGGGUUCCCUUCUAAGAAGCUGCUGAUUCUCUGUAAUAAGGGCGAUUGGGUCUGUGAAGGUUGGAUCUUAGGUGUCAGAAAAGCUCAUUACGAGUAUGGCAAACGUGUACCGGAAGCUGUUGCUUUCCUUACUGAAAAGAUAAAAGCUGUCCAGGCUGCUCGAGGAUGAUUGAUUUCUGUUACUUUGAUGUUCGGGCGUUCUAGCGAUGAGUACAAGGGGGAUUCUUUUU